GCAAAGACUGAGGCGCAGGACGCAGCUGCUGCCACUGGUGCUGGCGGCCGCAUGUUUCACUUUAGCAUGUUGGCUCGAGCUUGAUGGUGUUGGAUCGAGCAUUCACGCUCGCAACCUGAGCCUGCAUCCACUGUAGUGCAUGUCCUAUUGUCCUGUUUUUGAGAACAUGGGUUCUGAUGUGCUCGGACUAGAGACGGCCUUUUUCAAAUCUUUGAAGGGAGCAUCGCCGUUUUUCCUACUGGCUGGGCCAAACGUCAUCGAGUCCAGAGAGCAUACGCUGGGCAUGGCGAAGCACCUCAAAGCAAUUGCUGACGAGCUGGGACUGAUGCUGGUCUUCAAGAGCAGCUUCGACAAAGCGAACCGGACCUCGGCAAGCUCCUUUCGGGGGCCUGGCCUAGAAGAGGGGCUUAAGGUACUCAAGGAGAUAAAGGAGACGCUAGGCCUGCAAAUUGUUACUGACGUGCACGAGGCUUCUCAGUGCGCGGCCGUGGGCGAGGUUGCUGACGUCAUCCAAAUCCCGGCCUUCCUUUGUCGGCAGACAGACCUUCUCGUCGCAGCGGCUAAGACGGGGCGGGUGAUCAACAUCAAGAAGGGCCAGUUUUGCGCGCCAGCGGUCAUGACCAGCUCCGCAGAGAAGGUCCGCUUGGCGGGUAAUCCGAACGUCAUGGUUUGCGAGCGGGGAACUAUGUUUGGGUACAAUGACUUGAUCGUCGACCCUCGCAGCCUGGUGUGGAUGCGAGACGCCGGCUGCCCCGUGGUUGCUGAUAUCACGCACUCCUUACAACAGCCCGCGGGUAGAAAGUUGGAGGGGGGUGGCGUAGCGAGCGGGGGGCUCCGUGAGAUGAUCCCCGCAGUUGCGAGGACGUGUGUGGCGGUAGGAGUAGACGGCAUAUUUAUGGAGGUUCACAAUGACCCACUAAACGCGCCGGUGGAUGGGCCCACUCAGUGGCCUCUGCGCCAACUAAAGGAGCUGCUAGUAGAGCUGAUGGAAAUCGCGGUCGCGUCGAAAGGACGGGCCACGGAUACAAUCGAUCUGACGCCUGUUCAACUAUGAAGUACAGGGGUUCGUAGCGAGGAAAGGACAGGUUGAAGAGUGUACGUAGCACAGUGUUAGAGCCUGCCGGUUGAUAGCCCCUCCAGACGAAGCGUGCUUUGCAGGGCUCUCUUGAGCAAGUUCUCGCCGGCGGCGGGACAUUGCUUUCUCAGCGGAUCUUGAAAGCUUGACUUGUGACGGUUUGAAGCCGUACGUACUGUUUGAAGCCGUGCGUCUUAAACAUUUGCCGGAUUUCGGCUCCGGCUCUGAUUCGGC